AUGUCUUGUGCCAAAUCGCUUUCCUUUUCAUCUUUUUCAUCUCUUUCUUCUCGUUUUUCUCUUAGGUGGAGAGACAUUUUGUCUUUUGGAAGGGGGGCUCUUCGGGACUCCAUUGUUGAAGGUUGUUGUUUUAAUGUGCGAAAUGGAUAUCACACUCUUUUUUGGGAAUCAAAAUGGUGGGAAGGAGGUAUUUUGAAGAAUAUUUUUCCGGACAUUUAUGAAGCUUCUUGUUUGAAAGGCGUUUCAGUUGCUUUAAUGGGAGGGUGGGUGGAUGGAAAUUGGAAGUGGGGGGAUUUUGGAGUUACGAGGGUUUGGGGGGAGGAGAGAGGCAUUGCGGCUAGUUUGGGCCGGUUGAAGAUUUUGGUGUCCGAUUUCAUAGGUGCGGGGGAAGGGAGAGAUGUUGUUUCUUGGAAGUUCAAUUCGGAAGGGUUUUUUUUGGUGGCUUCUUGCUAUAGUUUCUUGGGGUUAGACCGAAUCCCGUAUGGACCACCGAAUGAGUUCGUUGAUGCUUUCGGCAUGGUGUGGAAGGCGGAGGUGCCCUUUAAAAUUAAGGCUUUUGGGUGGAGACUUCUCCUCGAUAGGAUCCCGACCAAGGACCUAUUGGUGUAUAGAGGUAUUUCUUUUCCUUUAGAUAAGUUGAAAUGUUCUUUUUGUGGAUAUGACAUAGAGACUAGAAAUCAUUCUUUUUUUGGUUUCCGGGUGGUUAAGGCUAUUUGGUUGGACAUAGCUCUUUGGGUGGAUAAAGAGGGCGGUUUGGAGGAUGAGUGUUUGUCAAAUUUUAUGGAUUGA